AAUUUUAAGGAGAUUCAAAUAGCAAAAAUUCAUGGAGCCAGUACUGGAGAAGCCCAACGAGAAUACCAGCGAUCUCAACAAGCCCUUCCAGUUCAAGGGAGCCCAUUUCAAGAGAUGGAAAGGCAAUGUGCUUUUCUAACUCAGUCUUCUCAAGGUGGCCUAUAUCUUGACCGAGAAAAAUCUGAACAAAGUCCCCACUGAAGAGAUGACCGACGAGGAGUAUGCCGCUCAUCUUGAAAAAAUCGAGAAAUACAACGCAGAUGAGUAUGAAUAACAAAUAUAACACUGAAGAGGCAGACGCUAAAAAAUAUGCUGCAAGCCGUUUUUUCCUCUAUCAGAUGAUAGAUGGAAAAUCAGUGGUGGAGCAAGUUCAAGAUUUUCAGAUGCUAGUGACUGAAGUUAGAUCCGAAGGCAUCAAAAUUGGAGACAAUCUUGUUGUAGCAGUUAUUGUUGACAAACUUCCAUCAUCUUGGAAGGAGUUCCAGAAAUCAAUGCGUCACAAGCAAAAGGAGACAUCCUUGAAGACUCUGAUCACAUGGAUUCAGGUAGAGGAGGAAGCACGAGGACAAGAUGCGCUUAUGACACAAGAGUAUUCCACUGCAAAGCAAACGUGGACAUAUUGCUCGAACUUGCAAAUUUUGAAAACAACAGUCUCGACCACAUGCUAAUGUUACCGAGUAACCAUUUGUGGCUAUGAUCACAUAUUUUUUUAUGGUUCAAUCUGUGGAAGGGUGGUGGGCAGACUCUGGUGCCAAUAGGCAUGUCUGCUAUGAUAAAGAUUGGUUCAAAAAUUUCACUCAUUUUAAUGAAAGGACUGAUAUGCUUGGUGACUCCA